CUACUCCCCGUCCCGCCCCGCGGGGCCGGGGUCGCCCCGUCCGGUCCGCCCGGCUCCGCUCGGCUCCGCUGCUGCGCUCGGCAACUCCCGCUCGGGGCUGCCGUGGCCGCUGUCGCGAUGCGGGCGCUGGCGGCGGUGCUGGCGGCGCUGCUGGCGGUGGGGGCAGCCCUACCCCGCCCGGGGCUGCUCCCGCACGGCCCGGCCCGCGGCGAUGCCCGCCUCCGGCCCGGGGACGACGAGAGCUCUCCGGGGGUGCUGCUCCGCCGCGCCCUGCGCCUCUACGGCCGCUCCGCCCGCCGCCUCUACGUGGGCACCAACGGGGUCAUCUCCAGCCAGGACUUCCCCAGGGAGACCCAGUACGUGGAUGACGAUUUCCCCACAGACUUCCCCGUCAUCGCCCCCUUCCUGGCCGACCUCGACACCUCCGGGGACAGAGGGAACAUCUACUACCGGCAGGAUGACUCUCGGGACGUGCUGGACCAGGCUGUGGGAUACAUCCAGGCCGGCUUUCCCCGCUCUGCCGGCGCCUUCGUGCCCACCAACGCCUUCAUUGCCACCUGGGAGGACGUGGGCGCCUACCAGGAGCUCUCCCAGGACCCCGAGCCCUCCACGAAGCUCAACACCUUCCAGGCAGUCAUAGCCUACAACGAUGAGGACACCUACACCAUCUUCCUGUACCCCGAGGGCGGCCUCCAGUUCCUGGGGACGCGGCCCAAGGAGUCCUACAACGUCCAGCUGGAGCUGCCAGCCAGGGUGGGCUUCAGCUGGGGGGACGGCGAUGACCCCAAGAGGGACGGGCUCUUCUACAGCCUGGCCAGCAGCGAGCAGGCUCUGAGGAACCUGGAAAGGGAGAGCAACACGGGAAUCCCCGGCGUGUGGGUUUUCCACGUGGGCAGCGCGGAGCGCGCGGAGCCGGGGGGCGGCGAAGGAGCCGCUCCUGCUGCACCUCAGAGCCCCCCCGAGCACCCCAACCCCGGCACCGCCGGCUCCACCCGCCCGCUCUCCAGCCACACAUCCAUGGCCCAGCGUCCCAGCCACGGGCCCCGCACCCCGGUGCUCCUGGGCUUUGUCCCCGGCAGGAGGGACGCCCCGGAGCAGAGCCGCUGGCUGCAGCCCAGAGGGGACGGUGGCACCUGGCAGAGCCACUCUGCCAACCCCUCAUCCUACAGCUCCGGCCACCACGGCGUCGGCGUGGAGGAGGACGUGCAUUUCAACCCCGAUGUGUUCACCUACAGCGCCGCCAGCAAGGAGACGUGCGCCCAGCACCACGGGCGCUGCUCCCCUCACGCCUUCUGCACCGACUACGCCGCCGGCUUCUGCUGCCACUGCCGGGCCACCUUCUACGGGAACGGGCGGCAGUGCCUGCCCGAAGGGGCCGUGCAUCGCCUCAACGGCAAGGUGAGCGGGAGCCUGAGGGUGGGCCGCGCCUCCGUGCGCUUCCAGGACGUGGACCUGCACGCCUACAUCGUGGGCAGCGACGGCAGAGCCUACACGGCCAUCAGCGGGGUGCCCCAGCCCGCUGCCCGCGCCCUGCUGCCCCUGCUGCCCGUCGGGGGGCUCUUCGCAUGGCUCUUCGCCCUGGAGGAGCCUGGAUCGGAGAACGGCUUCAGCAUCACCGGUGCUGAAUUCACCCAGAGCCUGGAGGUGACGUUUUAUCCCGGUGGGGAGACGGUCCAGGUCACUCAGACAGCCGAGGGCCUGGGGCCGGACAAUUAUUUAAGCCUCAGGACACACAUCCAGGGUGAGGUGCCUUUCCUGCCAGAGAACGUCACCAUCCACUUCACUCCUUACAAGGAACUCUACUCCUACUCCAGCUCAGCAGCUGUGACAUCCUCAGGCCAGCGGGAAUACGUGGUGGCCGCGGGCACUGCCAACCAGACCUUGUCAUACCGCCUGCGCCAGAACAUCUCCAUCUCGGGCUGCCCGCACUCGCGGCCGCCGGCGCGGCAGCGGCUCUCGGUGGCGCGCGCCUUCGCCCUCUUCGACAGCCACGAGCACGUCCUGCGCUACGCCCUGGCCGCCCGCAUCGGCCCGGCACCAGACGACGCCGAGAAUCCCGCGGUGAGCCCGUGCCACGAUGGCACCCACUCGUGCGAGGCCCCGGCGCGCUGCCAGCCCGGUGUGGGCACUGAGUACACGUGCGAGUGCACGGCCGGAUACCGUGGGGACGGACGGGGCUGCCGAGAUGUGGACGAGUGCGCCGAGGGCCUGAGCCAGUGCGGCCCCUUCUCCGUGUGCCUGAACGUGCCGGGCAGUUACCGCUGCGAGUGCCGCGGCGGCUACGGGCCGGCGGGGGACAGGCAGGCGUGUGUGCCGCUGGCACCGCCGAGUGACCCCUGCGAGGACGGGCGGCACCCCUGCGCCCCGGGGGACCGGGCGCGGUGCCUGUCCCGCGGCGAUGGCCGCGCCACCUGCGAGUGCCUCCCCGGCUACACCGGCGAUGGCAUCCGCUGCUCCGACGUGGAUGAGUGUGCUGAGAGCCCGUGUCACCCGGCCGCUGUCUGCUACAACACCCCGGGCUCCUUCUCCUGCCGCUGCCGGCCCGGCUACGCCGGCGACGGCUUCCAGUGCACGUAUGCGGUGGAAGGGAACCCGCAGCGCCUGACGCCGUGCCAGCACGAGCGGAUGUACCCGCGGGAGGUGCCACCCCUGGGCGACGGGCACGUGCCCCAGUGCGACGAGCAGGGCCGGUACCGGCCCCUGCAGUGCCACGGCAGCUCCGGGCACUGCUGGUGCGUGGACGCGGCGGGGCAGGAGAUCGCCGGCACCCGGACGGCGCCGGGCACCACCCCCCCACGCUGCGGGAGCCCAGAGUCCAUCCAGCAGCUGACGCCCUGCGAGCACGCGCGGAUGUACCCGCGGGAGGUGCCACCAGGGCCAGCACCCGUGGGCGACGCGCACGUGCCCCAGUGCGACGAGCAGGGCCGGUACCGGCCCCUGCAGUGCCACGGCAGCUCCGGGCACUGCUGGUGCGUGGACGCGGCGGGGCAGGAGAUCGCCGGCACCCGGACGGCGCCGGGCACCACCCCCCCACGCUGCGGGAGCCCAGAGCCCACGGAGCGGCCCCCCAGCAUGUGCGAGCGCUGGCGGCAGAGUUUGCUGGAGCACUACGGGGGCAGCCCCCGCGGGGACCAGUACGUGCCGCAGUGUGACCCCAGCGGGGACUUCACCCCGCUGCAGUGCCACGGGGACAGCGGCUACUGCUGGUGCGUGGAGCAGAGCGGCAGGGAGAUCCCGGGGACGCGCUCCGAGCCCGGCACCACCCCGCCCUGUCUGCCCAGUGUCGCCCCGCCCAGCGUCCGGCCCGAGCCCCGGCCCGACGUGUCCCCUCCAGCCGCGGGGACGUUCCUGCUCUACGCCCAGGGCCAGCAGAUCGGGUACCUGCCCCUGAACGGCACCCGGCUGCAGAAGGAGGCGGCCAAGACCCUGCUCUCCCUGCAUGGCUCCAUCGUGGUGGGGAUCGACUACGACUGCCGGGAGAAGAUGAUUUACUGGACGGACGUGGCCGGCCGCACCAUCAGCCGGGCGGGCCUGGAGCCGGGCUCCGAGCCCGAGACCAUCAUCAGCUCAGCAGGCCUGGUGAGCCCCGAGGGGCUGGCCGUGGACCACCUGCGCCGGGCGCUGUUCUGGACCGACAGCGGGCUGGACAGGAUUGAGCGCGCGCGCCUGGACGGCUCCGAGCGCCGCCUGCUCUUCGACACCGACCUGGUGAACCCCCGCGCCAUCACCGUGGACCCCGUGCGAGGCAACCUUUACUGGACGGACUGGAAUCGUGAAGCUCCCAAAAUCGAAACUUCCACCGUCAAUGGAGCCAACAGGAGGGUGCUGGUGCACACAGACAUUGGUUUGCCCAAUGGCCUGACUUUCGACCCCUUCUCCAAGCUACUGUGCUGGGCAGACGCAGGCACCAAGCACCUGGAAUGCACAUUCCCGGAUGGCACCGGCCGCCGCGUCAUCCAGAGCAACCUCAACUACCCCUUCAGCAUCAUCAGCUACGCCAACCACUUCUACCACACAGACUGGAGACGGGAUGGGGUGAUAGCUGUAAAUAAAGAAACGGGCGCCUUCACUGAUGAGUAUCUUCCAGAGCAGCGAUCGCACCUCUACGGAAUCACAGCGGUUUAUCCCUACUGCCCUGGAGCCAGGAAAUAGGAACUCCAUUUUCGAGGAAACAACGAUCUUUGCGCCCAGAGGAAUUUCAGACCCAGAGAACUGUCACUGCAUACAAGGGGGGAGAAGCCCCUCAGCAAGGCCAAUGAAGUGCCCUGCUUUCCUGCAAAAGAUUUUCAAGUAUUUUCUAUAGUUAUACCUCAAGACUUUACUACUGUAUUUUUUUACCAAGUGGAAAACUUUAUCACCAAAAAACCAAAAAAGUCCUGGGAAGCUCAAGCCAUGACUCAAACUCUUCCUCAUGCAAAAUUUUGAAUGUAGCUUUUUUUUUACUCCAAUGUUUUAUUUUAUUGGAAGAAGAAUGGAUUCAUUUUUCAUAGGUUUGACAAUCUGACCGAGAGAUCCUUUUAUCCAAAAAUUAAGUGCCUGUGGGAAGCUGUGGAUGCAGUAAAUUGCUGGGUCUAAAUGACAAACAGCCCUGAGGACAGAGACUGUGUGUGCUCCAAAAUCCUGCAGAACAGGGAUGGGAUGUGGCAAAGGCAUUGAAGAUUUUCCAGAGGAUAAUUCUGUGUUUUCACCACUGCCUCCAUGCAUGUCUUUUAGUAUUUAUAUUAGAAGAAUAUGCUAGAAUUGAUCUGUCCCUGCUUGUUGGGUCUUCCAAGUGCCUUCCUAGACCUACCCAGUGUAGACCAAUACAUGUUCAGAAAUACCAGUUACGUUGUAAUGCUUCACUUUUUUCUAGGUUACUUCAAUAAUUGAAUAAAAAAGGUUGGUUUAA